CGUGUCCAUCCUACAACCAUGAAGACCCUGUCGCUUGUCUUGCUGAGCCUGAUGGCACACUGUUGCCUGGUUACAGCACAAGUCACUACAUGUUUUCCUGUCACAACCACUGUGUGUACAACGACUCCUGGGCCGAUUACAACCAUCGGUACAACUACCGGUGUUCUGACCACCACGGCCGCUGUUACAACCACGACCGAGGAGACAACUACGGCUGUCAGUACAACUACAACUGACGUACCGACAACCAUAGCCAGUACAACUACAACUGACGUACCGACAACCAUCGCCAGUACUACAACUGACGUACCGACAACCAUCGCCAGUACUACAACUGAGGUACCGACAACCACAAUCAGUACUACAACUGACGUGCCAACAACCACAACCAGCAGUACAACUGACGUACCAACUACCACGGCCAGUACUACAACUGAGGUACUGACAACCACAGCCAGUACUACAGCUGACGUACCAACAACCAUAGCCAGUACAACUACAACUGAGGUACCAACAACCACAGCUAGUACUACAACAGACGCACCAACAACCACAGCCAGUACAACUGACGAACCAACAACCACAGCCAGUACAACUGACGAACCAACAACCACAGCCAGUACAACUGACGCACCAACAACCACAACCAGUGCAACUGACGCACCAACAACCACAACCAGUACAACUGACGAACCAACAACCACAACCAGUACAACUGACGAACCAACAACCACAACCAGUACAACUGACGCACCAACAAUCACAACCAGUACAACUGAUGAACCAACAACCACAACCAGUACAACCACAACCAGUACUACAACCGAGGUACCGACAACCACAGCCAGUGCUACAACAGACACACCAACAACCACAGCCAGUGCUACAACUAACGUGCCAACAACCACCGCCAGUACAGCGUUAAUUGACGUGACAACCACUUCUGACACUGCAACAACUGACCAGCCUGUCACUACUGCAAGCACUGUGCCAACUACCGUUGUCAGUAUAGCUACUACUGCAGUGCUAUCUACCAUCAGUGACACGACAGCAGCAGGCUUUCAAUCUACCACAGCCAGUACAACUUCUGCUAGUGGAUCAUCAACAGGAGAUGUAACUACAGACGUAACAUCUACACCCACUGGUGCAACCGGACCGUCCACCAUCACUCGUACAGUUGCUCCUGAUGGAACAUUUGCAACAGCAGCUGUGACUGCAGUUGACAGCACGUCUACCGCUGCUGGCGUGUCUACUACUGUCGCCAUCACGCUCCCCUCGGAUGCCACUCCCGCUGGUUUGGCAUCCAACUGUAUCGUCUGCAGUGCCACUAACACCUCUGCUCUGAAUGACUCCUGCCUGAUCGGACCGAUGAUGACGAUGUCACAGCCGUGUCCUGUUGGAGUCUGCAUUACAAUCCUACGGGAAGACACAGACGGCGCCAUCAUUAUCUUUGAGCGUAAAUGUCACAGCGGCGCCUGUACCGACGACAACAGAGACGGCGUCUUCUCCCGUGACACGGCCGGCGGAGAGACGGAGUACGAGAAGUGCUGUGAUGACUCCGCUGACUGUAACGUCAUCAGCUACAACCAGCUGAGAGGCACAGCGGACAGGGCGGUCACCAACAUGGCCGCCAUCUUGUUUAGCGCCAUGAUCCUCCUCCUGGCAUUGUAAACAUCAAC